AACUCUCGCUGCACAGAGGGCACAGUUGAACCACCCUUCUGGAUAUUUCACCUGCAGUCGGCGCUUAUCCGCAGAACCCGAAGCGAAAAAGAGAAAGAGAUCGGUCGAAAAUCAAAGAACGAGCGGCUGUUCGGGGCGUGAGCCGCUAUUUGAGGUUUUCGAGAAGCUCAGGCAUCAACGUCAAUACGCAAGCAGACGAGACCAGAGCACACGACCAGGGCGGAAGCCCAGAACGCGUCGCGGGUUGACGGCGAAAUCGGCUCCUAACAUAAUCCUCUACCUUUUUAAUCUGGAGGAUUUAGUCAGACGAAGCCGCCUCCCUCGGAUUCGAAUCUACACGUAAUUCCGGAGCCUAACCGGCGCUGAACUGCUGAUUCACCGCAUCCGCAAUGUCUUACUACGAUGUGGACGCCAUCUUGACCGAUGCACAGAAAGUACCGUGUACCUUCGAGUUGACGGUUCCUGGAUUGGGUCACCUGGAAGGCAACCCUGGUGCUGAAGUAAAAGAAGGCACCAAACUCGAGCUCCCCCUGUGGCUUGCGCAAAUGCUCGCAAUCACCCCCGCCGGCACCAAACCCGGAAUGAUUACCCUCGACCUCCCCGACUCUCUCUCCCAGAAAGUCACCAACGCCCUCCGCGCCGACCCACGCACCGUCGAGCUGCGGUCGCUGGCGCCGCAUUUCUUUAACUUAGGCACGCGGAUGCUGGAUUUGUUUGAAGAGGAGGAGUUGAGUGAUUUGUUGACGGAGUCCUUCAAACUCCGCGCGAAGGAGUUGGCGGACCAUGCGCAUAAUCCGCGCGGAGCGCUCGGGGAAGGGGCGGAGUUUCUGCAGGGGUUGGACGAGAAUGAGCGGCGCUUGUUUCGUGCAACGCAUGAAGGCGCCAAAGCCGUCCGGGCAUGGCUGGUGGGGAUGCAGAAGAAAUAAUCUAUCUUUAAUGGAUGGCGCGGGAAUUGUGUCGAGCAAGUAGUCCGUGAAAAGACCGUUCAUU